CAUGGAUGAUGGAUCACCAACUUUUUCUUAUGUUUUGUUUGCUUGGCAACUGCCACCCUUUUUUGAUAAAAGUAGAAUCAAUCACAUGAGUAUAUGUUUAUGCGGCUUGCUGAUGUGAAAAGCAGUUUUGUAAGUUGCUUUUGUUGAAAAGCGCUUUUGGAUUUUAGCUUCCACAUCAGAUAUGAAAAUGGUUUGUACAAACGACAUGAUUAUUUUGAUUCACACUAGAGGAGGAAGGAUAAGAAUUUAAACUGGGGACGUCAAGGAUUAAGAAGAAAGACCCUAAACUCAAGAAAAGUUCUGUCAGAUUGGGACGGCUUUUACACUAAAUAAGAUUAACGUGGAGUUAGAUACAACCAUAAUUUAAUAAUUUUGAAAUUAAAAAAAAAAAAAAAAAAAAAAAAAAAAAUCCCUAAACUCUCACAAAUUAAACGCGUAAAAUAAAAGAAAAGGAGUUGGCGUCGCCGAAUUGGAGCUCCAACUGAAAACGAGUUGGCAACUCACUGCCCCAAAUCAACACCCAACAGCGAUUCCGAGCUUGCCGCUGUUAACAAAAAAAGAAAUUAACCAAAAAUUAAAAUAUAUAUAAAUUAAGAGAAAAAAGGAACGAAAAUACUCCAACAAAGGGACGUCCUGCAUUUCCUCUCAAACAAAAUCUACCCAAAUGUCGACUCCGGCGGAACCUGCAAAUGAGGGGAUUGAAGCACUUCCCCAGUCAACAGCUCCCACACAAAUCUCCACUACCAAACCUUCAGACAUAAAAACAGUUCAAGUUAGCAACAUCUCGCAAGCCAUUACUGACAGGGAUAUCAAGGAGUUCUGUUCAUUUUCUGGAGAUAUUCAAUAUGUUGAAAUGCAACGGGAAACGGAAAAUACACAGCUCGCCUACGUUACCUUCAAGGAAUCGCAAGGGGCAGAUACAGCAGUUCUUCUGUCGGGAGCCACCGUAGCUGAUCUUGCUGUCACCAUUAGACCCGCCAAGGAUUACAAGCUGCCUCCUGAAGCUAUUCCGCUCCCAUCAAGCCCGGAGAAAAAGCUGGUUGCUGCUAGUUCUGCUGUAAAGAAGGCAGAAGAUGUGGCCAGCGCUAUGCUCGCCAAGGGAUACACCUUAGGAAAGGAUGCCAUUAACAAGGCGAAGGAGUUUGACGAGAGGCAUAAGUUGACAUCAAAUGCCUCUGCCACAGUUGUUUCGAUUAACCAGAAGAUGGGGCUGACGGAGAAGCUAAGUGCCGGAACAGCUGUUGUAAGCGAAAAGGUGAAAGAAAUGGAUCAAAGGUUCAUGGUAUCCGAAAAGACAAAGUCUGCCUUUGCUGUUGCUGAGCAGAAGGCAAGCAGCGCGGGAUCUGCUAUCAUGAGCAACCCUUAUGUAUUGACCGGGGCUUCUUGGGUUUCAAACGCACUCAGCGCAGUUGCAAAGGUGGCUGAUGAUGUGGGCAUGAUGACCAACGAGAAGGUGGAGAGGGCCGAGGAGGAAAAGAAGGAGACCAUGGACAGGCAGAGGACAGAGAUCAUCACUGACUUUGCCCAGACCCAUCUCGACGAGUCUUCUGCUCCCAAGCCUUCUCUUCCGGUCAGUUCUCCCGAUGACAUGAAGGCUGGAGUUAAAUGACGGGUGUGUACAGAUAAAGUAUUUUUCGGUUUUCCCUGUAUCUAUGGUUUCAUACAAGGAUUCUGUUGUAAAGUAAAAAAACCUUGUUCAGUAGGAAUGUACUAGUCGUUGAUAUGAUAAAUCUGCAAAGUUUGACGUA